GCUGCUUGGCCAUAGGGGAGACGAGGUAGGCAUAGACAUCAAUAGAAGACUGUUGCAAUAAUUGAAGAUGCUGGUGUCCUGAAAUAAGUUAGUGGCAGAGAAGUGGACUCUGAAAGGACACAAAGCUGAAGGAACACUAACAUCUAACAGACGGUAAAGAAGAAAGUACAGAGAAGGAUCGGAAGAAACCAAAGAUGUAGGAGGAAAACCAGGAGAAUGUGAUGGUGCAAGUGAAAGUGUAGGGAAACAUAUGCUUGAAGCCUGCAACAAUAAUCUGGAGAUGGCAGUCACUAUGUUUUUGGAUGGUGGAGGAAUCGCUGAAGAGCCAAGUACCAGUUCAGCAAGUGUCUCCACUGUCAGACCACACACAGAAGAGGAAGUCCGUGCCCCAAUUCCUCAAAAGCAGGAAAUAUUGGUGGAACCAGAACCUUUGUUUGGUGCUCCUAAAAGACGACGGCCUGCACGUUCAAUAUUUGAUGGUUUCCGGGAUUUCCAAACUGAAACUAUUCGGCAAGAACAGGAAUUAAGAAAUGGAGGAGCAAUAGAUAAGAAACUAACUACCCUUGCAGAUCUGUUCCGGCCACCCAUUGAUUUGAUGCAUAAAGGCAGCUUUGAAACAGCCAAAGAGUGUGGCCAGAUGCAGAAUAAGUGGCUGAUGAUAAACAUUCAGAAUGUACAAGACUUUGCAUGCCAGUGCCUCAACCGUGAUGUAUGGAGCAAUGAAGCUGUGAAGAAUAUUAUCCGAGAACAUUUCAUUUUCUGGCAGGUUUAUCAUGACAGUGAGGAAGGUCAGAGAUACAUACAGUUUUAUAAGCUAGGGGAUUUCCCCUAUGUUUCCAUCUUGGAUCCACGGACAGGUCAGAAGCUAGUAGAGUGGCACCAGUUAGACGUAUCUUCUUUCUUGGACCAAGUAACAGGAUUUCUGGGUGAACACGGGCAACUGGAUGGACUUUCUAGCAGUCCCCCCAAAAAAUGUGCCCGUUCAGAGAGUCUUAUAGAUGCAAGUGAAGACAGCCAGCUAGAAGCUGCCAUCAGAGCCUCCUUGCAAGAGACACAUUUUGAUUCCACACAGACAAAACAGGAUAGCCGCUCAGAUGAAGAAUCUGAAUCUGAACUUUUUUCUGGCAGUGAGGAGUUCAUAUCUGUUUGUGGCUCUGAUGAGGAGGAGGAGAUAGAGAAUCUUGCCAAGUCUAGAAAGUCUCCCCACAAAGAUUUGGGACAUAGAAAAGAGGAGAACAGAAGGUCACUGACUGAGCCCCCUGCCAGAACUGAGCCUGGAACAGCCACAAACCACCAAGGAUUGCCAGCGAUGGAUUCAGAAAUAUUGGAGAUGUCACCUGAAAAAUCAGAUGGAAUAGUGGAGGGCAUUGAUGUAAAUGGACCAAAAGCACAGCUGAUGUUGCGGUAUCCAGAUGGAAAAAGGGAACAAAUCACUCUUCCAGAGCAAGCUAAACUACUAGCUUUGGUGAAGCAUGUCCAAUCUAAAGGAUAUCCAAAUGAACGUUUUGAACUUCUCACCAACUUCCCUCGAAGGAAACUCUCUCAUCUGGACUAUGAUAUUACAUUACAGGAGGCAGGCCUUUGUCCUCAAGAGACUGUCUUUGUACAGGAAAGAAAUUAACAUCAUGGCCUGACCUCUCUCAGCUUACCCCUUUUUUUCCCUUUUUCUGUGAGAUACCAUGUCACUGAGUAUGUAUUUUGGCUCAUAGGACCAUAGAGCCAAAGUUGGGCAAGCAAGUCACCUGCCUUCUCUUUUAUUUCUUGUUCUCUCCUAUAAUCAGUCUCACACACCCCACCCCACCCCUCUUUUUCUCUCUUCUCCCAUUUUCUUCUUUUUCCUACUUUUCUCUCUCUUUCUUACCUAAUCUGGUGACCAAAUGGAAGUGUUAGGCUAAGACCUCCUAGUACUGGCAGCAGGAAAUGUAUGUUCCAAUAAGUGGUCUCUUACACGGCACUUUUUGGGGAUCAAAUGAUAAUGUUACUCCUCAGACUCCUUUGGUAAAGGAAUGGCUAGAUUCAGAAUAAGAACAGCCUCCUUUUUUUGUAAGCCCCAUGUUUAGUAGGGAGAAGAAAUUCUCUAACACAUGUUUUGUUUUAUUAUUCAUGUAGGAAAUAUCGUGUAACGGUGUCCAGGGUUUUGUUUACAUGGAAAAAGCAUCCUUUAUAAUUAUUGCUCAUCAUAUUUAAAAUUUUUUUCAAAGGAUUCCCAUCUUCCCAGCUAGAAUUGUUUCCAUGAUAUGUGUUAUUGACAGAAAGAAUGUUAAACUAGGGUGAGUAGCAUGGGGUGGCUUUCAAUAUCCUAGCCUGAGACAGCUUUCUUUAUUACUCUGUAAACUAUCUUGAUCCUGCUAGUCCUGGAAUGGACAUUUCGUGAGCAUAUUGUGGUGACUGGGAUAGGAAGGUGCUUGCUGUUUUUGCCAGUACAGCAUAAUAGUUCCUUUGGCCCUUCCAUUGUUUGGGUCCACAAGUGAUCUAUAGGAAGGCAGAUGUUCAAUAAUCAUGAGUACAGUGGCUUGUAGUUGUAACCACUAUGGUUAUUGAUUGUCCUAUUACUUUAAGGCAUACUUAAUGUAUGCCCCAGGGGAAAAAGAAAAGAUGCAGCUGAGAGUUGCUAACCAUGUUCCUUUGGUUAGAAAUAAUGAUUCAUUUUUUACCCUUGGUUGGAACAGUCUCUAAAAGGCUCUGGUGACUGAAUGAGCCUAAUUCCUCAUGCUGUUUCUUGCAAAAGGUAUCAAAACUGAAAACCUCUCUAAGUGGAAGACCUUUAAAAUCAAUUCAUAAGACAACAUUUAGUAAGGGAGGUGGGGAAGAUUACCAGUAAUCUUCAGAUGUGGGUGUUUUCUGCCAACAAAAGCCACAUUCAAAUUGUAGUUGAUGAACGCUUUUUUCAGUAUUAUUUAGAAGAGACCAUCUUGAAUCUAUAUAAUAUGAUUUGACUCAUCAGCUUCACAUUAUGCUCAAUUCUUAAUUUGAGCUUUAGAGUCCUCUGAAGGGGUAGUAGUAACUCUGGUGGCAAAAUCAGAACCUUAACUUGUUAUAAAACCAUAAUACAGAAUGAACGUAUUUUGUCAAUUGGGGUUUAGAUUGACUGAUUCUUCUGCUUGAGGAACAUAAAUUGCUAUUGCUCAGAGACCUUUAGGUUCCCAUCUACUUUAAGAUCACUCUCUUGGCAACUAGGGGAUUAAAAACAAAAACAAAAACACAUGCUUCUUGUUGCUAGUACACAAUUAGAGAAUACGGUUUCUAAUGGUUGGACUUUGAGGGACCCUCUCUAAAGAAUGAGUUAUGUAUCUCCUCAAGGAAAUCAUGGAAAAUUCUGUUUAUUCUUCAGUGAGUCCUAUUGAAUUAAUGUUCUUACAUUUUUUUCUAAGUCUGUGUAA